AUGUGUUUACUGUAUGUCAUCGGAGUUAUUUUGCUGCUCUUCAUAAUCCCUAAAACGCGCCCUCACGUUCGCUACUUCGUCGGUUACUUCUCUUUUGCCUUUAUUGUCUUGACAGGGGCUAUUGUGUACUCAGUAAUUUUCUUUAUACGGGAUGGUCCACGUUAUGAAAAUAGUUGUACUUUCAUCAAAGUCUACAAACUAGCUCGCCUUAGCAUGGGACUUCAACCUCGUAUUUACGGUCUGGAAACCUACGAUAAAGACAGGCAGUGUGUUUAUGUCUGUAACCACCAGAGCUUUGUUGAUGUCUUGAGUCUUUGUGAUGUUUGGAAAUAUCCUUCAACUGUAAUUGCAAAGAACUCGCUGAAGUAUUUCGGAUCAUUGGGAGCAAUUUUGUAUUUUACUAAGGUCAUUCUGAUUCAUCGUGGGGAUCAUGCCAAAGCUCUUAGUGAAAUGCAACGAACUGCUGAAAUAAUAAAGAAUGAUAAGGUUAAUCUCUUCAUGUUUCCUGAGGGAACACGUAAUCAUAACGGAGAAAUGCUACCUUUCAAAAAGGGUGCCUUCCACCUAGCAAUUCAAACUCAACUUCCUAUUCAACCAGUUGUUAUCUCCUGCUACAACUCAUUCCUCAAUCACAAGAAUUUCUCUCUUGAUCCAGUUCCCUAUGGGAUCUAUCUUCUGCCUCCAAUUGAAACAAAAGGAAUGGAUGCGUCUCAUGUGGACGAAUUGAUUGAAAAGACUCAUAGCGCUAUGCGAGAGGUCUUUGCUCUCACCGCAAAGGCUUCUCGCGAAGAUGUUGGCAAGGAUCUACGUGUCAAGGCACAGUGA